AGUUAAAGCUUUCGUUUCGAAGGUGCGGUAGUCGAGACAAUGUGAAAGGUUAACCUCUAUUAUCACAAGUGGAUGAACAAAGAAGUUUUUCUUUAUUUAAUUGGUGUGAACAAAAAUGAGCAAUACGAAAGAAAAUUCUACAACACCGGCAAAAAAUACAGUCAUUGGCAAUCCAAAACCUUAUGGAAAAAUCGUGUUAACUCUUCAAAAUUGUCUCUUACCCGAAGAAAAACUCAAUUCGACGCCGUCGCACUUAGAUGGACUGGACGCAGAAACUGAAACUGAUUUAAGAAUAUUAGGAUGCGAGCUAAUACAGACAGCUGGUAUUUUAUUAAAAUUACCUCAGGUUGCAAUGGCCACGGGACAAGUAAUCUUUCAACGGUUUUAUUAUAGUAAAUCGUUAGUUAGACAUAAUAUGGAAACAACUGCAAUGGGUUGUAUUUGUUUAGCUAGUAAAAUUGAAGAAGCACCCAGACGUAUCAGAGAUGUUAUUAAUGUGUUUAAUCAUAUAAAACAAGUUUCCAGUCAAAAGCCAAUACAACCUGUAAUACUUGAUCAAAAUUAUGUAGCUUUGAAGAAUCAAGUAAUUAAAUCUGAAAGAAGAGUCUUAAAGGAAUUAGGUUUCUGCGUUCAUGUAAAACAUCCUCACAAAAUUAUUGUUAUGUAUUUACAAGUACUGGGAUAUGAAAAAAAUCAUGCUCUAAUGCAACAAUGUUGGAACUAUAUGAAUGAUUCCUUAAGGUCUGAUGUGUUCUUAAGACAUCAACCGGAAACUGUUGCUUGUGCAUGUGUAUAUUUGGGAGCAAGACAACUCCAGUUACCUUUACCUACUUCACCUGCUUGGUUUUCUCUUUUUAAAGUUAAUGAAUCUGCUAUAAGAGACGUUUGCCGUCGUAUAUUACGACUUUACUUCCGACCUCGUGUUAAACCAGAACAGCUAGAAAAACGAGUAGAAGAACUUCGUAGACAAUAUGAAGAAGCAAGAACCAAAGCAAGAAGUGGGGAUGUAGAUAGCCACACACCUAGUCCACCACUGCCUAAACACCAUAAUGCCUGGGGUGGAUUUAUUAGUCGUAGUGGUACACACGCUGUUCCCGAGAGAACAAAAUCACCUAGACGAUCAAAAUCACCAAGUACUUCACCAUCUAGGGGUGAAGGAACAAAGCAUUCCAAGAGAAAAAAACACAGUAGAAGUAGAUCUCGCAGUCAUAGUCACGGACGAUCUCGAAAACCGAAAAAGGCGCAGCGAAGACGAUCUGGUAGUCAUAAAUCAUCACGUAGUCGUUAUAGAUCGCGUAGUCGAUCUCGGGACAGAGAUGUAGAAAAGUCAACUAAACAUCGCAAUCGUGUAUCAUUUUAUAAAACCCAGCUGGUGCUGCCUUCUUCUUCUCGGCUGAUAAUACUGCUGAAAAAUCUAGCGCCGUUAAUUGUGGCAGAAUAUGAACGAUAUAUCCUCUAUAAUAUGGCAGAUUUUCAAUGGGGUUUCCAUGUAAUGUUAAAGAUCUAA